AUGCCCAGCCCGUACGUCCUCUCUAGCUUGUUAGAGAGCUUCCUCGCUUCCCUACAAGCAGCGCUUAGCGUCCUCCUUACACUCCUAUAUGGUGUCAUCUCUAGCUACCUGGGCUGGCUCUCCUCGGAUACGGCGAAAGAGGUGGCACAGCUGUGUAUCGAGAUCUUCCAGCCUGCACUAAUCAUUACCGAGAUUGGGCAGAACAUUGCGCAAGAGGGUAGUUCCGUCUUCAGGCUGUGGCCGAUCGUUGCAUGGGCCGUCGCCUACCCUGUCAUCUCACUCCUUCUCACAUACCCACUGCUACAUCCUCUUCAGCUCCCACGCUGGUCCCUCCUCGCCGCAGCGUUCAAUAACACUACCGCCCUCCCACUGCUGCUCAUCGAGUCCCUCGCCACCACAGGCAUCCUUGAGCUCAUAGUACCCGACGCUCAGAAGGCGAAACGCACUGCGACGACAUACCUCUUGUUGAAUGCGAUGGUGAAUAAUGUUUUGACUUUUGCGGUGGGGAAGCCGUUGUUGGUCGAGAAGGGGUGGGAGGAGAGUGUGAUGCAAGCGGAGGACGUGUCGCAACGACUGGAGACGGUCAUCGAGGAUAUCGAGGCCGAGGCCGAGGCAGAAGACGCUUCCAGAGGGUAUGAAGAGGAAAGCGACCCGAGGGAUGGGGAGGCGAGCCCUCUUCUCCAAAAAAGUGGGACAACAGCAGGCCGCAUUGAAAGCGCACUGUGGACCACUCGGGGGUUCGCUCGCCUUCCACCCCCAGUUCAGAAAGCGCUCGUGGCAGGAAAGGAACUAUUCAGUCCGCCGCUCAUCGGUACGAUCUUGGCCGUAGCGAUCGGGCUCACGCCUGCACUGAGGACUGCGUUCUUCGCAGUUCCGAAGGAGGGAGGGGUACUGAGGGCCUGGGUCACCUCGAGCUUGGAAGACAUCGGACGCCUGUAUAGCUCGCUUCAAAUGUUUGUUGUCGGCAGCAAGCUGUACGAAUCUAGCAGCACGCUCACCGAUUCCUCUCAGAAGGAAGGCAAGCCCUCCUCCUGGCCAUUGGCGUACAUCCUCUUCCUCCGCUUUCUGCUCAUUCCGGGGCUCUCGAUCGGUCUCAUCUACUCCCUCGCUACGAGAACUACGAUCCUGGGCACGGAACCGCUGCUCUGGUUCGUGCUGAUGCUCGUUCCAGCCGGACCAAGCGCGAUCAACAUCUCGAGCAUAGCGGAAGUCGCGGGUGCAGGGGAGGAGACCGUACAGCAGAUCGCGAGGUUUUUGACUUUGGAGUAUGCGAUAUCGCCGUUGGUGUGCCUUGCGGUCGUGGGGUCAUUGCAGGCAGCGGCAGCAGCGAAGGCGAUAGUAGAGCAAUAA